AUUUGAGAUUUGCUUAGAUUUGCAUUCUGCAAAUUUAGAUAUUUUAUAUUGUGUGUGACUCAUUAUUUGUUUUAAAAAGCUUUUUUUAAUCGCUAACGUUUUCCUCGAAACAAUAUUUCAGAUACAAUGGGAUGCAUCGGGAACGUUUCGGAUAAUCAUCUACUUUCAAGGGGACGAUUAAUGGAAUUGAAAGAACACUUCAGAGAAAUUAUAGAUUCAAAACGAGUCUUUGAAAAAAUUACCUCAUUAGCUGACCUCAAAGCUGUACUAAGGAAGCGCAAUUGCAUAUCGGAACUAGAACGUGUUUUAAAUGAAAACCAAAGCAACAAUAACGAAAGCUUCAGAAACAUCAAUCCAGCAUAUAAUAAUCAAAGAGUUUUACCAGAGGUACCUGAUGAUCCAGUGGAGCAAGUUGAUAGUGUGAUUGCUAGAGAAAUCGGCUUAAAAUGGAAGUUGCUAGCAAGGAAAUUAAAAAUAUCAGAAGGCGAAAUUGACGCAUUUGAUAACAGGCAUCCUGGAAGACUUGAAGAAAGCGUAAGGGAAAUAUUAAAACAUUAUCGAGAAAUUCACCAAUCUGAUUGGAAAAUCGGGUUUUGCAAUGCUUUAACUGAAUCAAGACGAAGAGAUUUGUGUUAUCAAAUUCAAGACAUUUUUAUUCGAAAUAAAAUGAUGUGAUUGGAUUCAGAUAAAAAUUGUUCUAUAAUGUUAACCAGUUAUAUUUCUAUUU